UGAUCUGCCCCGUGUUGUUUUGCGUCACGGCUCGCGUGCUCCGCCGCUAUAAUAGAGCCCAAGGCCGCCGGCGUCACGCCACCGUCUCACCUCGUCAUCCGCCACGCUCCAUCCAAGGCUAUCUUGCGAUCCGAUCCCCGGCAGCUGCGAGAUGGGUGUGAGGAUGCUCUGCGGCGUCGCGCUGUCGGUGCUGCUGGUCCUCGCGGCCGGCGCGUCGGCGUCGCACCCAUCGCACUCGUCGUGCCCGGCGACGCCGCCGGACGCGGGGGGCACGCUGCAGGUGUCGCACGCGUUCGGGCCGUGCUCGCCGCUGGGGCCCUCGGCGGCGGCGCCGUCGUGGGCGGGGUUCCUGGCGGACCAAGCGGCGCGGGACGCGUCACGGCUGCUGUACCUGGACUCGCUGGCCGUCCGUGGGCGCGCGUACGCGCCCAUCGCGUCUGGGCGGCAGCUGCUGCAGACGCCGACGUACGUGGUGCGCGCCCGCCUCGGCACGCCGCCGCAGCCGCUCCUGCUCGCCGUCGACACCAGCAACGACGCCGCGUGGAUCCCCUGCGCCGGCUGCGCGGGCUGCCCCACCUCCACGCCCUUCAACCCGGCCGCCUCCGCCUCGUACCGCCCGGUGCCCUGCGGCUCGGCGCUGUGCGCGCAGGCGCCCAACGCGGCGUGCCCGCUCGACAGCAAGGCCUGCGGGUUCAGCCUCACCUACGCGGACUCCUCGCUGGUGGCGGCGCUGUCCCAGGACUCCCUCGCCGUCGCCAACGACGUCGUCAAGGCCUACACCUUCGGCUGCCUGCAGCGGGCUACCGGCACGGCCGCGCCGCCGCAGGGCCUCCUCGGGCUCGGCCGCGGGCCGCUGUCCUUCCUGUCCCAGACCAAGGACAUUUACGGCGCCACCUUCUCGUACUGCCUCCCGAGCUUCAAGUCGAUGAACUUCUCCGGGACGCUGAGGCUCGGGCGCAACGGCCAGCCGCAGCGCAUCAAGACGACGCCGCUGCUGGCGAACCCGCACCGGUCAUCGCUCUACUACGUGAACAUGACCGGCAUCCGCGUGGGGAGGAAGGUGGUGCCCAUCCCGGCGGCGGCGCUGGCGUUCGACCCGGCGACGGGCGCGGGCACCGUGCUGGACUCCGGCACGAUGUUCACCCGGCUGGUGGCGCCGGCGUACGCGGCCGUGCGCGACGAGGUCCGGCGCCGCGUGGGCGCGCCGGUGUCGUCGCUGGGCGGGUUCGACACGUGCUUCAACGACCCCGCGGUGAAGUGGCCGGCCGUGACGCUGCUGUUCGACGGGAUGCAGGUGACGCUGCCGGAGGAGAACGUGGUGAUCCACAGCACGUACGGGACCACCAGCUGCCUGGCGAUGGCGGCGGCGCCCGACGGCGUCAACACCGUGCUCAACGUCAUCGCCAGCAUGCAGCAGCAGAACCACCGCGUCCUCUUCGACGUGCCCAACGGACGCGUCGGCUUCGCGCGCGAGCGCUGCACCGCCGCCUAGGUUCUAUGGCUGGCCUUCACUAUGGGGCCAUUGCUGCUGCGUAGUUGAUCGUCUUCUUCACCGUGUCACCGUUGUUGGUUUCCAAUUCUUUUUUUAGUGUAGUCAGCGUCUCCGUCAGGGUGCCUCGUUCUUCAGUUCAGAUCGCCUCGGGUUGAUUCAGUGGUAGCUGCAUUCCUAUGAUUUAGGGCUCAGGUGGGGUUUAAGAACUUACAAGUGUACUGCGUGGUGUAUGCGGGCUAUUGUUUCUUUGUUAAUUACGGGCCGGAGUAAUCCAGCUGAUCCAGACCUCAUUUUUUCGUUGGCUCA